CGGUCACGCUGGUGUACACUUUGUUUAUAAAUUUAAGUAAAAUUAUCAUUGAAAUUCAACCUGAUACACGUAGUUUUUUGCACUCACAUAUUGGAAAGCAUGAGCGGAAAGCUUGUAAAGUCGAGCACCGCCUCCAGCAGUAUGCUCUAUGGCUCCGUCUACUCUGCGGAAUCAAUAAAAGUAAUUGCCGAAAGCAUCGGCGUGGGCACCUUGUCGGACGAUGCGGCCAAGGAGCUGGGCGAAGACAUAUCGAUUAAACUGAAGCGCAUUGUCCAGGAUGCGGCCAAGUUCAGGAACCAUGCCAAGCGGCAGAAGCUGCUGAUCAGCGACAUUGACAUGUCGCUGAAGGUGCGCAACGUGGAGCCACAGUAUGGAUUCGUGUCCAAGGAUCACAUUCCCUUCCGAUUCGCUUCGGGCGGCGGUCGCGAGCUGCACUUCACCGAGGACAAGGAGAUCGAUUUGAGUGAAAUCACAGCCAACAACAUGGUGAAGAUACCACUGGACUCGACGCUACGCUCCCACUGGUUUGUGGUGGAGGGCAUACAGCCCACAGUGCCGGAGAAUCCGCCACCGCUCUCGAAGGACUCGCAGUUCGUGGACUCGGUCAAUCCGGUGAUCAAACUGGACCAGGGCCUGAACAAGGAUGCUGCCGGAAAGCCAACCACCGGAAAGAUUCACAAGCUCAAGAACGUGGAGACCAUCCACGUCAAGCAGUUGGCCACGCACGAGUUGUCCGUGGAGCAGCAGCUGUACUACAAGGAGAUCACCGAGGCGUGUGUUGGCUCCGAUGAGCCACGUCGCGGCGAGGCCCUGCAGUCGUUGGGCUCUGAUCCGGGCCUGCACGAGAUGUUGCCUCGCAUGUGCACGUUCAUAGCCGAGGGCGUCAAGGUUAAUGUGGUGCAGAACAAUCUGGCUCUGCUCAUCUAUCUGAUGCGCAUGGUGCGUGCCCUCCUGGACAAUCCAUCACUCUUCCUGGAGAAAUACCUUCAUGAACUGAUACCCUCAGUGAUGACGUGCAUUGUGUCCAAGCAGCUUUGCAUGCGCCCCGAGCUGGACAACCACUGGGCACUGCGUGAUUUCGCUUCCCGCCUGAUGGCUCAGAUCUGCAAGACCUUCAACACAUUGACCAACAAUCUGCAGACUCGCGUGACGCGUAUCUUCAGCAAGGCCCUGCAGAACGAUAAGACGCAUCUGUCCUCGCUGUACGGCUCCAUUGCGGGUCUGUCGGAGUUGGGAGGCGAGGUGAUCAAGGUGUUUAUCAUACCGCGGCUCGCAUUCAUCUCGGAACGCAUCGAGCCCCACCUGUUGGGCACCUCCAUCAGCAAUACGGACAAGACUGCCGCCGGCCACAUACGCGCCAUGCUACAGAAAUGCUGUCCGCCCAUACUGAAGCAAAUGCGUGCCCACCCGGACAUAGCCGACGAGUACAAGUCGGACUUUGGCUUUCUGGGUCCGUCGCUGUGUCAGGCCGUGGUGAAGGCCCGCAACGCUCCGGCCAGCAUUGUGACGAUCUCCUCGAACGCCAUCAACACGGCGCCCAUUACGAGUGCCGCUCAGACGGCCACUGCCAUUGGACGCGUCAACAUGCCCAGCUCGCAGCGUCAAGGAAGCCCUGUGGUGUCGACCCUGCCUCAGAUACGCGCCCUUCAGUCCAAUCAGCAGCCGCAAAAGUUCGUGAUAGUCACACAGAAUGCACAGCAGCAGCAGCAAUCGCAGCAGGCAAAGGUGGUGCGGCGGGGCAGCUCGCCCCACAGUGUUGUCCUGUCGGCCGCCUCCAUUGCGGCGAACACCUCCAAUUCGAACUCCUCGUCGGGCAGCGGCAACGUCAGCAACCUGAACAGUGGCGGCAGCCUGCUCUCCUCUCGGAGCAACGACAAUGUGUGUAGCACCCUAGAUGCCAACUCGCUGAUCAUCGAGACGGAAAUUGUGCGCGCUCCGCCCGAACUGGACGAUCUGACCCAUCUCGAGUGACACACAAUUACAGAAUUAUAAGUUCCAUUCAUACUUUUAAGCGUAACCCCAGGCAUAAUAUCUUAAGCAAUAAAGUGAAGAUUUGUAUUACAACCUA